AUGGUAAUAGCAUCGUUGGUCAUUACGUCCAUCGUUUUCACUCUUUCCUCAAAUGACGUAGAAGCACAAUUGUCAUCAAUGUUUGGAAAUGCAGUACAGGCGGAUAAUUGCGCCCAGUGGACAGCUUGGGGUCCAUGUAUCUGGUUAAAAGGUAAUAAUCCACGAUGGCAAAAUUCCUAUUUUGAUCAAUUACUGCCUGGCAAGAACGGUUGCCGUUCACAUAUCUUUUUCAAACUUUUACGGGAACGUUGGAGCGUGGCUUUCAACAAUUUCUAUAAUUAUCUGCGCGACAUCACUAUCAGUCAACAUCAAUGUGGACAAUGCUCUUAUCAGCAGAGUUGUGGAAGGCAAUGUCACCGACGUGGUACAGUUGAUAUGAUCAAUCCACUUUUCGUUGCGGAACGUAUUUGUGAUGGAGUAGAUCAAUCGGAGGCAUGUGAAUCGAAAUAUGUUGGAGAUUGCAAACAUUGGCCGAAUCCCAAUAUCAAACUUCCCAAUGUAACGCAUACUAUGCAAGAGAUUAUCGAUAAAAUUGAUUAUCUAAGUUGCACACCGCAAACAAAGCCUGAUGGAACGAGUGUAUGUCGAUGUUGCUGUCAUCCCUAUGCACCACAUCCAACAACCAUGAAAUGUGAAUUGAAACCAUAUUUGAAUGUGAACAAGCAGCAGUAUCUUUACGAGAAGGUGCAGUCCAUUGCGGAUUGA